GUUUUAGCUUGACGGUGCACUAAUGUCUCAAUUUGGCGCCGGUAAGCCGGGAGGCUGGACGCGUCCUGGGACUGGUGUGGCUGGAAAUCAAAUGGCUGGAUUUGGUAUGGGAGUAGGAGCUUUUCCCAUGAUGGGAGUUCAAGGCAUGGGUGUUCCCAUGGGAAUGGUGAAUCAAGCCGCCUUUGCUCAGCAGAAUGUUAUGGGUAUGGGAGUGAUGGGUGCAGUUCCAUCAUCGGCAUCUGUUCGAGCUCCAGCAGCACAGGCCCCGAACCCCGCAGUAGCCGGCAAGAAUCAACGCACCUUUGUUGGCGUUGUCACCAAAAUGCAUGACAAUUAUGGUUUCGUCGAUGAUGAUGUGUUCUUCCAGCAUUCAGUUAUUCGUGGUACACUGCCCCGAGUUGGUGAGAAGGUUAUGGUAGAGGCAAGCUACAAUCCUCAGAUGCCGUUCAAGUGGAAUGCUUAUCGUAUUCAACUUCUAAACUCAGGCGAUAGUGGCCCACCAGCACCUCAAAAUCACAACCAUCCUACGCGUAAUGCUGGAACAGGUGGUCCGGGUGGUGGGAGGUGGGGUCCGCCAACAUCUGCUGACCGUAAUGGGCCUGCUCACAGGGCAUCACCGCCUCGUCGGCGUUCACCACCUCGCCGCAGUCCACCUCGCAGGUCCAGUCCGUUGCGCAAGGAACCACCUCGUAGGAAAUCUCCACCACCCCGUAGAUCGCCACCACGGCGCUCUCCUCCAUCUCGAUCGGAGCGAAGCGAUCGUGACCGCAAACGGGAGCGAAGUGCCAACCCACCGAGUUCUGCGCAAUCCACUAGACGCGAUAGUGCUAGCCCGCCUCGACGACGAGCUAGAAUCAUUCCUCGAUAUGAGUGUCAUCCUCCUCGGCCUGUGCUUCUCAAUGAGCAAGUUUCGGUUGUCGGUUUGAGAAGUCGCUACCUCAAGCUCUACAUUCCCUCUGAUUUCGCCGACAUGACAGCUGAAUGGGUGAAACGAGUUCCAUUGGACGCUUCCAUUGAUCUGACAAAUCCAGUGUCAUUCCACGUCUUCAACAAAGAAGUGGAUUAUCCCCUGCAACAAGGUGAAGUUGAGGCCGUGCUAGAGCCUGAGGACGCCGAUCAUCGUCAUCAAGUCAAGGUUCUUCUGCUCGCUCAUGCUGGAAAGGAAGAGGUGCACAAGAAGGCGUUUGGUUUACUUCCCGAUGGAUCGACUGACGACACUCACGAGCCUACACCAUUCUUCAAACAGCUGAGCUUCCUUGUUGGUACUCGUGGUAAGGAACCAUUAGCAAUCGGAGGCAGCUGGUCGCCAAGUGCUGAUGGAGCUGAUCCCACAAACCCGGCUACUAUUAUUCAAACUGCCAUAAGAACGACGAAGGCGUUGACUGGCGUGGACCUCUCCAACUGUCCCCAAUGGUACGAGCUGGUGCACGUGCGUUAUUACCGCGCGGAUCGUGAACGCACGGAUAGCGUGCGUCUUCUCUUGCCGGACACUCAACUGCUUCUUGCUGCCGACGAUGCGUCGGUUGAGGAACGCUGGACCCAAGUGCAGACGGCGCUUCGUGCGCAACUCGACCGCAAGCUGGCCGCUGUUGAUGCACCUCCAGAAGAGGAUGCAACAGCUACGCCUACUAAAGAGGCAACAUCGACAACUGGAGAAACUUCCGUAAAAGAAGGUGAAGAAGCUGAAGAUGUUGAGUCGAAAGAAGUGCCAACGCACUGGAGCAAAUUGGAUCCGAAAAUGUUGAAGGUGCCAGAGUUACGAGCUGAACUUGAAGCCAGAGGAUUAGAAACCAAAGGUGUGAAGUCUUUGCUCUGCAAAAGGCUGCAAGAGGCUUUAGAACAAGAAAAAGAGAAAGACGAAGGAGAAGGAGCGGCUCCAACCGGUGACAUAGAAAUGACGGAUGUUGCCGGUGACGAAGAAGAGCCGGAGAAAAAAGAAGAGGAAGUUACUCCUGAAAACAAGGAAAAGACAGAAGCGGAGCAAAAGAAGUUGGCUGAGGAACAAAAGAAGAAGGCUGAAAAAUUGGAGAAGGAGAAGCAGGAAAAGAAAGCAGCUCUUGAGAAACACUACACAAUGCCAAAGGAAAGAAAGGUUCUUGUUUAUCCAUCAAAAACUGCUAAAGGAGGAAAGUUUGACUGCAGAGUGAUGAGUGUACAGUCCCUACUGGACUAUCGACAAGAUGACAACAAGGAGUCGCAUUUUGAGGUUUCGCUAUUUGUGGAGGCUUUUAAAGAGCUCAUGGAACGUCAUGCAGCUUUCACAAUCUACAAUGCUGUUGCUAGGGCUGCUGACAAAGACAGCGAGCGGAAAAGACGUGAUGAAGCCCGAGAGAAGAAAGACGAGAAUGAGGAAGAGAAGAAAGAGGGUGAGGAUAAAGAAGAGAAGAAAGAUGAAAAAGACAAGAAAGAAGAGAAGAAGGAGAAGUUAGAACUAAAAUCGAUGGUUUCGAAUCGUUCUCUCUUUGAAUCGUUCGCCAUGUUCGAUGUGAAUUUGUGCGGCUACUUGAAUGAACGUGAUUUGGAGGAUAUCAUCUUUAACAGCGAGUUGGGUGUCACGAGAGCACUGAUGCAGAAAUUGACCCAUAAACUGAUGUCAAGGGAAAAAAUCAAUUACAGACAUCUGACUGAUGUGCUGGUGGAUUCUGAUGGUAAUGUGAGGUUUACGCCUGGUGAAUGUGAAAAUCCGCCCGAUGUGUCUGCUUUACUCAAAGGUUUUGGUCUGCAAGCGUACAAAAACUCGUUGCAACCUCAAAUCAACGGUGAUGCAAACAUGUCAUCUUCACCUGACGGAACUGUCGUAAUCAACGGCAACGUUGUAAACAUAGCUCAAAAGUUGGCUUUGUUGAAGAAAAGUGAGGGUGAACGUGAUCAGGCGAAGACGACAGUUGCCGAACAGACAGCGCUUAUCGAGCAGUUGCGGGGUAGCAAGCAUGACCUUGAGAAGAAGAACAGAGAUUUGGAGAAAGAAGUGGAUAAGUACAAAAAGCGGCUUGAUGAAAGUAGUAGCGCACUGAAGUCAUCACUGGAUUCGAACAUAUCCCUCAAGUCAGCUCUUUCGGACUGCAAACGAUACGCAGAUAGGAUAACUUCAGCGGUAGAGCGAGCGUGUCCACCUCCUCCUCCGAUCAAACGCGUUGAAGAAGAAGUCAAGACUGAACACGCUGCGGAUGGAGUUGAUGAUUCAGAUGAGCCUAUUCCCGCUGAAAUUGUUCUCACUGAAGAAGUAGGGGAAGAAAACGAAGAGAAGACGGUGUAGCGCAGUGAUUGUGCAAUCAAUUCUUGUCCAAUAAUGGUCUCGUCUGUCGAUUUCCGAAGUCCUCACUUAUUGAGGUAUUCUGGUAAUUUGUUCCCUUCAAGUCUAUCAGCUCUCCUCUCAAAAUGCUUAUAAGAUUCAAUCACGGAGCUGUUGAUGAACACUCAGUCUGUGUAGAACUUUAGUGCUUCAGCAUAACUUGAUUUCUCUUACAUCUGUUUCAUUUCAAUUGUUGAAUAUAAAGCGUACUGCUGUGGAAUGGUAUAUAGUUGUUGCUUUGUUAAAGUCUCUUUAUUGUUUGGAUGAAUUACGUCAAUAAAGAAUUAGUUCUUGCA